UUAACCAGUGAACAUCAAAAAUCCCCUAGUGCAAAUUGAUCUACCCCAUCAAAGUUCACACCCCCUCGUGUUCAAAGUAAAAUUAAGUGGUAAAAUCUCCACAUCUGGGGAACACGUGAUAAAAUGACGGUCAAAUGGGCGUUAAUAAUUUAUGCCCUAGUGUCGCAAGCCCUCGGUGCCCCGAAGCCCUGCUACACUAACUGCGGAUCAUCAGGAUCAACCUACAGCCAUGAGAGCAUCACCGGGGUGACCGGCAUGAGCACCCAAGGCAGCUUCAUGGCCCAGCAAAAUGCUGCCUUCCAGCAACUCCACCAGAGCCUGAUGAAUCAACUCCAAGAGGCCCAUCACCUGGACUACAGUCAGCCAGGAACGUGGCAAAAGAAUGCAGCUUACAAAACAAACGACGGGGGACAAGUUUACCAGGAGCACGGUAAAGUGGAAACCGACAAUGCCCAGAUGCGCUACUUCAAGAAGAACUACACAAAGUCGUGGGGAACUGGUGGUGGAUUGAGCAACAACCUUUUGCGAAAUCAGGGACACCUGUCUGGGGGUGGAUACUCGAGUGGCUCGAGCCACCACGAGAACUGGGAGAUCAACUCCAACGGCCAAAAUGCACAGAACAUCGAGGAUCUUGGUAUCCAGCAGACAUCAACGACCCAAGUCUCGGAGAAUGUUGUCCGGAACUUCGAGGAGAUGGCGAACAACCUCGAGUCCUACAUCAGCCAGUGCUCAGAGCGCGUGCAAAUGGGUCAACUGAGCAAUUAUCAAUCAUACACUGACGUCGUUCAACAGCACCUGGACCAGAUGAAACAAGCAGUCAGAGAUAAUGGAUUGUGGAAUAGAUUAAUUGGGCAGAUUAACUCCCUUGAGACGAAAUUGAAUGAAUUGAAAGUGCAGGGACAACAAUCAGCGAGUCUCACACACACAGGAUCAACAUCGAGUCAUGGGUCUAGCUCCGUGGUGACGUCGGGUGUGCAUCAGGUGCCUGUGGCACCGGUUGGUGGCUCCAUUCGCCAAGACGAGGGGUACAACAGGCGGAUCAGCAUGACGAGCCAUCAGACACCCAUUCAGACAAUUCCUGGCCAGAGCCAGCAGUACGUCUCGGGCACCGCAGGAGGAUAUCAACAGUCUUAUCAGUAUGGAUCCCAUGGUCAGAGUGGUCAGACUGGUUACGUAAGUGGCAGCCAAGGUUUAUCCAGUGGUGGUAGUCAGCACAACGAUUACACCCAGCAUGCUGGUUACGGUCAGCAUGAUGGAAGAUAUAGCCAGCAGACAGGGGGAUACACCCAGGGUCAUGCUGGAUAUAAUCAAGCUGCUGCUGAUUACACCCAGGGAAAUGUUGGAUAUGGUCAGCACAAUGCUGGAUACAGUCAGCACAAUGCUGGAUACAAUCAGCAUAAUGCUGGAUACCGCCAACAUAAUACUGGGUAUGGUCAGCAUAAUGCAGGGUAUAAUCGGCAAAAUGCAGGGUACAAUCAGCAGACUGAACAGGUUUAUCCGGUCCACACGUCUCCGACCAAGACAGUCGAAGAGAGCUGGAAUGCAUCCGGAAGUCGCAAAGAAACGACUUAUGGGGGUUCGCAUACUUACGAACCCCUGCGCACGACAGCUGGCAGAUGCAGAGGGGCUGAUGGCCAGUACACCUGGUGCAGCUCAAACAACGGCCAGACUGAGAGCAUCGGCUAUGGAGGACAAGGGUCCGGGUGCCAAGGGGCUGCGUAUGGAACGCUGUGUAAAAGGUAUAAGAGAGAGACUAAAGACGAUUUUUCACAACAGACUGAAGAUUUGACUCAACAGACUGAGGAUUUGACGCAACAAACUGAAGAUUUGACACAACAGACUGAGGAUUUGACGCAACCAACUGAAGAUUUGACACAACAAACUGAAGAUUUGACACAACAGACUGAGGAUUUGAUGCAACAGACUGAGGAUCUCAGUCAGCAAGGUGGGAAUUCACGAUUGAACAGUCAACGUCGGCAACAGGGGGGCUAUGGGCAGAAUGAUCAGGGAGGCUAUGGGCAGAAUAAUCGGGGAGGUAGGGAUUUUAAUGACCAAUCGGGGAGGAUUGGACAUGGACAUGAGCAACAUGGACAUAAUGACGGAGAUCAGGAUUAUACUCAACAAACACAAAAUCCUGGAGACUUUUCUCAGCAACAUCAACAACAUGGCCGUGGACAUGGUCAUGGACGUGUUCAUGGACAUGAGCAACAUGGACACAAUGAUGGAGAUCAGGAUUAUACUCAACAAACACAAAAUCUUGACGACUUUUCACAUCAACAUCAACAACAUGGCCAUGGGCAUGACCACGGACGUGUUCAUGAACAUGAGCAACAUGGACACAAUGAUGGAGAUCAGGAUUAUACUCAACAAACACAACAUCCUGACGACUUUUCCCAUCAACAUCAGCAUCAGCAGCAUGGCCAUGGGCAUCAUGAACAUGGGGUUCAUGGUCACGAACAACAUGGCCACAAUGAUGGGGAUUAUGGUUAUAAUCGACAAGGAGGUCUGUAUGAUAACUCCCAACAACAAUCACGCAAUGUGCCAUUGGGACAGCAGCAGAGGCAACAACCUGGUGGGUUUGGAGUUGAUCAGCAGAACCAUGGUAGUCAAGGGCGAGGAUCCUAUGGAGGUUACAGCCAGCAGACUGAGGAUCUGAGUCAGCAGACUCAAGAUUCCGAGGAUCUCACUCAAUAUUCAACUCAAGAUCUGGGCUUUGGACAGCAGACAGGGAAUCGACGAGGGAAUUCCAGUCGUUCUCCAGGUCAUAGUCAACAGACCGAAGACUUGAGUCAACAAACUCAGUCUUUUGGAGAUUGGACUCAACAAACAGGGGACUAUGGUCAGCAAACCGAAGAUUUGAGUCAGCAAACUCAGUCUUUCGGCGAUUGGACUCAACAAACAGGGAAUUAUGGUCAGCAAACCGAAGACUUGAGUCAGCAAACUCAGUCUUUCGGCGAUUGGACUCAACAAACAGAGAAUUAUGGUCAGCAAACCGAAGACUUGAGCCAGCAGACGACUGAUAAUUUUGGCUUUGAACAACAGCAGACAGGAAACUACGGAUUUGGUAAUCAAGAACGUGAUUCGAGUCAACAGACACAAUCCUUCGACGAUUUCACUCAACAAACGACAGGGAAUCUUGGCUUCGAAAAUCAAUACGGAAAUUGUGGAAAUUACAGAGACAACGAUCAACAAACCGAAGACCUAAGUCAGCAGACUCAAUCCUUCGGGGAUCUGACUCAACAAACAACGGACAGUUUUGGGUUUGAACAGCAGCAGAACACUGGCUCUGACUUUGGAAGUGAGCAGCGUGAUUUGAAUCACCAAAUUCAAUCCUUCCCUGGUUCGUCCCGGGGAUCAGGUUCCCUCGAGCUCGGCAACGAACGUCCAGCUCCAAAGCCCCCAGCAAGGGGCCAAAUCAGAAGCGGAGGACGUGGUGAUUCCAGUGCAGCACAGGACACCCCAAUGCCCUCAGUGAAGGGUGGCAGACGACGUCCAGCCCUCCAAAACACCUACCCUCGACCUUCACAAGACUUUGGCGUUCCCAAAACAUCAUCGACCGACGACAUCGAACUGCAACAGACAACUGGCACCCAGUGGCACAACUCCCAUCGACCCAGUGACUUGACAAGUGAAAAUUACCGACAAGGAAGCCCCGAUGGCUCUCAAAAUCCUCAACUAUCACCCAAUGAACAACUAAACACGACAGACACUGAAACACUCUUUCAACCUCGUAUCCUCGAGGCUUAUGGUGGCACAGGCCCCUACGACGUCAACCACAAUGACAAUAUAUUCGAGGGGGUUAAACCCAAUCCAACAGCAACACUGUCACCAAUGUCCGACUCUUGGGAUAUUCGAGAAACAUCUCAUGACUUUGCUGACAGAAAUAAUAAUAAUCCCACAUUUGCAGGAGCACCCGAUCGAGCACCAAGACAUGAUUCAGAAGAAACGACAACAACAACCACUCCUGCACCCGGAUUUUGGAAACGAGUGGGAAAUAAAAUCGUCACGACGUACGAGAAAACAAAGGAAAAAAUCAGCUCUUCGUUAGGGUAGUUUGUCUCUCAAUAUUCUGGAGGAAAAUGGCCGCUUGACUUUUUUUGCAAUGAGUGAUAAAUAUUUUGGAAAAAAAAUCAAUCUGCCCAUUUUGCCACAGACACUCGUCACAAUUUUAAGUUGUGAUUAUGACACGUAUUUCGAUACGAUUGUACAAUUAUUUUUUUACAACAGAGCAUCGAAAUCACCUCAAUAAUCCCAUCACUUUGAUACAGCAUGAUAUAAGUAUUAUAAAAUAUAUUUAAACCCCAAGACAAAGAAUAGAACCUGUGACAAACUCGUGUGUACGGUCCUCUUAUGUCAAAUAAAAAUCAUGUAUCAUGGUA